AAAAUACGAGUUAAACACCUUUCCUGCAUAGAAAAAAAAGAAGUGAAGAUGUCUGGAGAAGCAGAUCGAACGAGCAUGGAGCUGGAAGAGGAGAAGAACCUUAAGCUGAAAGACAGAAAGGUAUCAUGGGCAAAGCUUCGCCGCGUAGAUUCUCUCAAUUUGGAAGCUGGAAGAGUUUCUAUGGUUGCACACGACCCUUUCAAGAUGAGUUGGAGGACGACGCUGACCUUGGCAUUUCAAAGCAUAGGGGUUGUAUACGGUGAUAUUGGUACAUCACCGCUUUAUGUGUACGCCAGCACCUUCACUAAAAAAAUUAACAACAACGAUGACAUUCUUGGUGUAUUGUCUCUCAUCAUCUACACCAUUGUGUUCAUACCUUUGCUUAAAUACGUCUUCAUCGUAUUGUGGGCCAACGACAACGGCAACGGUGGGGCGUUUGCACUGUACUCGUUAAUAUGUAGGCAUAUAAAGAUGAGUUUGAUUCCAAAUCAACAACCAGAAGACAGGGAACUUUCUAAUUACAAACUUGAAACACCUUCUAGUGAGGUGAAACGAGCCCACAAAGUAAAGCAGAUACUUGAGAACAGUCAUUUUGCGCGGAUUGCGCUUUUAUUUCUAGCUGUAAUGGGAACUUCCAUGGUCAUAGGAGAUGGAAUUCUUACUCCAUCAAUUUCAGUCCUUUCUGCGGUGAGUGGGAUCAGUACAUCGUUGGGUCAAGGAGCUGUUGUGGGGAUCACUAUAGCAAUCUUGGUAGUCCUAUUUUGUAUGCAACGAUUCGGUACUGAUAAAGUGGGAUUCACAUUCGCUCCAAUCAUUUUGUUGUGGUUUUUAUUCAUCGGUGGAAUUGGCCUUUACAAUUUAUUCAAAUAUGACAUUGGAGUAUUACGUGCUUUUAAUCCAAAAUACAUAUAUGAUUACUUCAAACGGAACGGCAAGGACGGAUGGAUAUCGCUUGGAGGAGUCUUUUUGUGCAUAACAGGAUCGGAGGCCAUGUUUGCUGACUUGGGUCACUUUAAUGUACGAGCCAUUCAAAUUAGCUUUUCUUGCAUUACGUGUCCUGCAAUAGUGAUUGCAUACAUAGGGCAAGCAGCAUUUCUACGGAAGUUUCCGGAGAAAGUAAAUAAUACUUUCUAUGAUAGUAUACCGGAUCCCUUAUAUUGGCCAACAUUUGUUGUGGCUGUUGCUGCUGCCAUUAUAGCGAGCCAGGCAAUGAUUUCAGGAGCAUUCUCCAUUAUAUCCCAGGCCCUAAGUCUAGGUUGUUUCCCACGAGUUAGGGUAGUGCAUACUUCCACUAAACAUCAGGGUCAGGUGUAUAUUCCUGAGGUCAACUACAUGUUCAUGAUCGCGUGUAUUGUGGUCUGUGCUGCCUUCAAGACCACAGAGAAGAUUAGCCAUGCAUAUGGGAUUGCAGUUAUUGGUGAUAUGAUGAUCUCAACAACACUGGUUUCGCUUAUUAUGCUGGUUAUAUGGAAAAAGAGUAUAUGGCUCGUGGGUCUAUUCUUUCUGGGAUUCGGUUUCAUAGAGAUAGUUUAUUUCUCUUCUCAACUAACCAAGUUCACAGGAGGAGGGUAUCUUCCAAUUGUAUUAGCUCUGAUAUUGACGACGUUGAUGGGAAGCUGGCAUUAUGUGCACAAAGAAAGAUACAUGUUUGAACUAAAGAACAAGGUUUCGGGUGCGUAUUUGAACGAAGUGGCGAGCAACCCAGACGUAAGGCGGGUGCCAGGAAUUGGAUUUCUGUAUUCUGAGCUAGUACAAGGCAUUCCUCCUAUUUUCCCACACCUAAUAGGCAGCAUACCAUCUAUCCAUUCAGUUGUUGUGUUCGUCUCCAUCAAGGCAAUUCCUAUCAGCAGAGUUGCAUCAGAGGAGAGGUUUUUGUUUAGGCAGGUGGAGCCAAGGGAGUAUAGGAUUUUCCGUUGUGUUGUGAGGCAUGGUUACAAUGACAACGACGUUCUUGAGGAUCCUGCUGAGUUUGAGUCACAGUUGAUACAAAACCUCAAGGCAUUCAUUCAACAAGAGAACUUUAUGCUGGAGACUGAGGGACCUACUGCAACUGAACAGGCACCAACUACCAGUGAGAGUGAUGUGCAACUUCAAGGUAAAGAAGGAAAGGGUAGGUCUGCGUCCGCUAGCAGCAGAAUAAUCCCAAACCAAUCUUCUUCUGUUGCUUCUCAAGCCUCUUCCGACUCCAUUCGACUCCAUUCGACCCAGUCAUCCGCUUUCGUUGCCCCACCCUUCCAGGGAGCUGAAGAGGAAAUCAAAUUCAUUGACAAAGCGUUGGAGAAGGGCGUCGUGUAUAUGCUAGCAGAAGCAGAGGUUGUAGCUCACCCAAAUUCCUCCAUCCUCAACAAGAUUGUUGUCAACUAUGUUUAUAGCUUCUUGAGAAAGAACUUCAGACAAGGCCAGAAUUUGAUGGCAAUCCCACGCAACAGACUUCUCAAGGUUGGAAUGACAUAUGAAAUAUGAAAAAUCCAUACACCACCCUUCUCUUAAUUCAAUGUUCCCUAGUGUCUCUGUCAAAACUCAGCAAGGAUGUAUACUAUAUGUUAAAUAUGUUCUUAGCUUGAAUUUUGUAUAUUUCACACAAAAUUGUCAAAGUUUUUCAUUAUGGGGAAGAAAAACCCUUUGCUCCAA